UGGCGUCCAAAACAAAGUGCGCAGCUAAGCGCUACGGGUAUAGGCUGCUUCUGUCGCACAUGCGCAGUUGGCAACUAAGUCUCCCUUUUCUUCCCCCACCCCUUUUCCCUGUCUCUUAGCUGGGGGGAGGGGACAGCUAAGGUCUAGUAGCGACCCCCCCCCCCCUUUAACUGACAGCGUGACCGGCUUCGGCCGCGUCCCUCAAGAAACAUAGGAGGAUACAGGACCUUCGCCGACCUAGGCGCUCUGAGGCGACGAAGUGGCAGAGGCCUGGUCGCCGGCAGCGGCUCGUAAUCGAAGCGGGGAGGGACGGAAUGACACAGGGACCUGGACAGCAGGUCUUGCAUAGACAAUCGUAAGGGGGCGGUGGCUUCUCAUGCCUCCCUAUCCCUUCAGGGCAGGGGCCGGUUAGCCGUACCUGAGGCGCCCUUUAUUGUAUUCCCGCCCACCCCUUGCAACCAGCCGCUGGAGGCUGAGCUGCUUUCUUCAACCCUGUGGCUUAGAGCGGCUUUCGCCCGCCACAGGUUCCAGCGGCCGCGGCGUCCCAUACACGAAGUGGGAAAGGAGGAGGAGGAGGAGGUGAUGUAGUUGCAGCGACGGCUACCUGGGCUGCGGCCGGCCUAGCGAGCAGGGACUGGCAGCAAGCGAGCGAGCUCUAGGCAGGGCAGGUUGAAGGGCGGGUGGGUUCAGGUUCUUGGAUGCCGAGGGUGCCUCUCGCGGGGUCUGUUCCCUGCAACUACAGCGCUAGAGACGGCGGGGCAUGAACCUGGCACAGCCCGAGGGCCAGGAGGAGGAGGGCGGCGGCGGCGAAGGAAAAGAAGACGAUAUGGAGCCGCCGCCGUCGGACCAAGCCCUUUCUGCCGGGCGCGGAAUGGAAGUUGCCUCGGACCCCGCGCUAGUUGGUUGCCUGCGGAAAGAAAAAGAGAAAGAUGCCGCUGGCAGCUGUGGUCACCGCGGCUGGGAGCAGAACCUGAGCCCCGAACUGCAGCAGGCUUAUCGGAUCCUGAGCGAAUUUCUGCUGGAAAAGCACCGGCCGCUGACAACACCUUUUCUGAGACCCCUGGAGGGCCAAAGAAUUGAGGACGGGCUAUGUGAAGUCGCCUCUUCCUCCUCCCAGAAAAAUAGCAGGCAUCAGCAGUGCCAAGAACCUCAACAGCUGACGUUGCUGAAGAUGGAGGAGAAGUUUUCUAUCGGGCAAUAUACAGGGAUCGCGGAUUUCGUGGCUGAUUUUCGAUUGAUGCUGGAGACUUGCUAUCGGUUGCACGGGGUGGAUCACUGGCUCUCCAAGCAGGCCCAAAAGUUGGAGAUGAUGUUGGAGCAGAAGUUGGCACUGCUAUCGCGGCAUUUGAGAGAGAAGACAGCAAUAGCAGUAACAUCUAAAGGGUUCUAUGGGCUGGAAGAUGAGAAGGGAACAGCUUGUGCUUCAACAAGGCGUCGUUCUACACCACGCAGUUUAGCAGGCUUGACCACAGGCGUGUUUGAAUCCAUAAUGGUUCAGGUUCUGAGACAGGAAGAGCAACUGAGAGCAAAAGAAGAAAAGAGACAUCGGGAACAAGAAAGAAAAGAAGCAGAGGAAGCUAAUCACAAAGAAAUAGAAGAAUGGGACAAAUUCCUCCUAGGUCAAGCAGCACCCACUCAGAUGGAACACAUGUGGGAAAUUCCGGCUAUUGGUCACUUCCUUUGUUUAGCACAGUAUAUUUUAAACUUGCCCGAAAUAGUUUUCUAUGAGUUAGAACGCUGCCUUCUAAUGCCACAAUGUAGUGCUUUUUUGUCUAAAAUAAUGACUUCUUUGUUAAGUCCUCCUCAUCGGAGAUCUACCUUGCAUCGAAGGCCAACUCUUCCUUACAGGACUUGGGAAGCAGCACUUCGGCAAAAAAUACAGCAGUGGUAUACAGCUGUGGGGCAAACUGACAAUCCUGACAGCUGUGCAGAAAAACUGGGUCUUUGCCCUCAAUUUUUUCAAGUUCUUGGAGAAGUUAACCCUUUGGAGGAAAAAGCAUUUCAUGAGCUCUCAUUUUGUCAGAAAGUGUGGCUUCUAAAAGGCCUUUGUGACUUUGUAUAUGAAACCCAAAAAGAUGUACAAGAUGCGGUACUUGGGCAGCCUAUCCAUGAGUGCAGAGAAGUGAUUCUAGGUUAUGAUUACUUAGAAAAUGCCUAUGUUCAUUUCCCACAAUUCUGUGGUGCAGAUGUCCGGAUUUACAAACAGAGGCCUUUUCAUGCCCCUGAAUUUCCAGCUCCUCCAAUCAAGGUAAAAAGAGUCCCACGCAUUAAACUGGAAAAAGCAAGAUGUGAAUAUGCCACCAAAAGCAAUGGGGAAGUUAGAUAUAGUGCUAAAGAAGAGAUGCUGUCUCAUGCAAAGGCAGAGCAUGGGAAAAAUCUUUGUUCAGCAAAGAUCCAUUUCGACCAUUUGAGUGCUACCCCAGAAAAAGAAAUUAAAUUCAAAUGUGAAGAGAAAAUCCAUCAGGGCUGUGACUUUACAACAGAUUGCUGUAAAGAAAAUAGGGAUAAAAGCAUUGUUCUGGGAGAUAAUACUGGUUUUGGGGGACCUCUCAGCCCAGGAGAAAUCAGGAUUGUGGAAAAUGGAGGGAAAUGUGGUGAAUCUUCUGUAGUGAAAACUGAGGCUACUCCAUUAAAAGAGAACACUCUUAAAACCUGCCAAAUGCAUGUGAAUGGGAAUCACAGUGAUAAUCCAGAUAUGAAUUGCCAUAAAGUUGCUCUAGAUAUCACUUCAGUAGAAAAUAGCAAAACACUAAAGCUUAGUAAAGAACGAGCAAAAAAGAAGAAAAAGAAGAAAAAGAAACUGAAAGAUAUUCUGAGUGAAAAGCUCCAGAGGAAGCGUGAGAUUCACCUUCACUCCCUGAAAUCUUAUAAACCUGAAAUCCAGAAUAAGUUGCUUAUGAUGAAAAAGAAAGUCAAACACAAGAAGCACAAAUCUGGAAAGAAAUCUCUAUCUAAAAAAGCAAUUACAAAGAAGAGAAAAUCUGUUACGAAGCCAGCUGUACCAGAAUUUCAGCUUAUUUGCACUAAUCUUGACGAACUCAGGGAUUUAAUUAGAAAAAUUGAGAAUGAACUCAAAGAUGUGGAAAACAUUAAAAAGAAAACGGGAAGGUGGUAUCAUCGAAAGCAAGCUGUAAAGGAGCUGCACUGUACCCUGAUACGACUACUAAAUGAAUUGUUACCAUGGGAACCAAAACUAAUGAAGGCCUUUCAAAGAAACAGGUCUCGAUUGAAAAAGGAUUACGAUGACUUCAGAAGGCAGCCAGACUAUGAGAAAUUUACUAGAGAACAGUGGACUAAUGAAGACUGUGAAAUAAAUUCUGGUAAAGAAAUUUCCAGUACAUUAACCAGUGAGUCUUCAGAGCACUCUGAAUUUCUGAAAAGCGAUUAUACUGAUGCAGAGGACAUGAAACUGUCAGAUGCAGAUCUUGCUGUGGGAAAAGCCAGGCCACUAAAAAAAGAAUUAUCUUGUAAAGAAAUACAGAAGACGCUGCCUAAAUUUGUUAAGUGUCAGUCCAAGCAAAACAGUUACCUAGAUGAUAGCACAAAAGAGUUCUUGCCAAGAAAGAAACUGAAAUUAAGCACAAGUGAUACUGCAGUCCAUGGCAUAGAAAUUGAGCUGUCAGUUGAUGGCUGCCUGAAUAAACAAAAACAAAAAGAAUCCCCAUAUUCAGAAUCGUUGGAUAUGACAGACUCCACAGCAUCGAUCUCAAGCAUAACAAAGGGGACCAAACCUAUCCAGGCUUUGCUUGCUAAGAACAUUGGGAACAAAGUGACCUUAACUAGUCAGUUUCUACCCUCUGCGGGUAGAAGCAUUGCUUCUUCUGAAAAGUUGAUCAUGCCUACUGUUGAUUCUUCCCCAGUCAGUCCAGUGUUGUCCUGCCAGACCAGUUUGAAAAGCCCUUUGCAAGUGUUAUACAAAAUGCCACGUGGCCACUGUGUGCCAAUGGACCUGCAUAACAAUUCAAUGAAAAUUCAAGUUCAGCCUGUGGUUGACUAUAAGCCAGGAGACAAGGGCACAGGAGAAAAACUCAUGCAGCAAGUUCUGAUUUUGCCUAAAAAUUUUCUCAUCCAUCACAGAGAAACUAAAAAUGUGGGAAAAGAUAUCCUGUCAUCGCAGCACAAGACUACAGAUCAGCAAUGCAUCUCUCUUCCACAGCCAGUGGCUGUCCACACUACGAUAGCAACUUCCCUUACAGCUUCUUCUGUAAAUGCUGCUACCACAUUUCUGUCCAUCCCAGACUUCAAAAAGAAUGUUACACAUUUGCCUCCCGGGGCCAGUGCAGUAAAAAGACUUCCAGUGUUGCCCUCCAUAACUUCCACAGGUAGCAUACUUGCAUCAGCAGCAAAAAUGAGCCAAAGUGAGACUACUAAAACAAAGACUGUAGUUUCAGCUGCCUCAUUCCCUGUCACUUCAUCCACUGUUUCCUCAACAAUUCAGUCUUUAACACCUCUCCCUCAAAAUGUUUCUGCAGGCACCAGUAGUUCCUCUCCGAGACUGGCAUCAGCACAAAAAAGCAAUGACACUGGUGAAGCUAAACAAGAACUGAAAACAGUCUGUAUCAGAGAUUCACAGUCUAUCCUUGUUCGGACGCGUGGUGGGAACACAGGAAUUGUUAAGGUACAGACGAAUGCAGACCACUGUUCCCCUAGCAACUUAUCUCCGAGUUCUGUAUUCACUUAUGCACCUCAGCUUCAGGCAUUUUUAGUGCCAAAAACCACACAGUUGACAACCUCUACUUUUUCACCUGUUACAACAGCUAUGCCCAGUUUCCCAACACUUGUCCAGUCUUCUUUAACAACUUCAGCUUCCAUUGCAACUCUUCCCACUGAUGUAAAUCAUGUAUUAGGGAAAAACAUGGCAAGUGCAUUUGGGCAAUCUCAUAACAGUGGUACUGUGGGCCAUGGAAUGCAAAAAACAAUGCAUAUGUCCUCACCUGCUUUCUUGCCUCCUGCAUCAUCAUCUAACAUUGUCAUGCCCUCACAGCCAAACAGUUCUGGAAACGCAGUUGGCAUUCCUCCAGGAAAUAUUGGGCACACUACCUCUGGCAUUACCCAGUCCCCUUUUUUUAAUCAACAGGUUGAUGGAAAUAAUACACAACAUCUUGUUACUCACCCUGAGGCCACAGCCACAUCCAGCGGAAAUCUAAUGUGUGGGGCUCAAAUUCCAAAACUCAUGUUGGUCACAAAUCCACCCUUUCUUUCUUCCUGUGGAACUGCAGGAGUCAACAUAAUCCCUCCUCCAACAUCUACUGGCCUUAGCACACAAAAACUGGUUUUUAUUAAUACUCCACUUCCCAAUAUCCAGUCAACCACCAAUUUUACUGCAGAAUCCUUUAAGCAGGCCUUCCCUCCCACUGUGAACAAAACAUACGUUAAAAGCACAGAGCAGCCUCAGUUGGUCCUCAUUCCUUCUACUGUGGGGGCAUCACUAAAAGUAAACACAUCACCAACUGUUUCUCAAAUUAAAGAUUUAAAAAUUGGUGUUAAUAUUGGUCAGGCCAUUAUAAAUAGCACAGGUAAUGCUCAAAAUGUUCCUCCAAUUAACAUAAUGCAGUCUGCAGCUCCUAAAGAAGUGGAGGAGAAAAAUAACCAGAGUGUAAUUUUGCCGUUGUUAACAAGUGGUGAUUUGCUUCCAUUAACUUCAACUUUGGUGAGUCAGAGUAUUACAUCUGUCAGUGAGUCUCCAAUUGUUUCAGCACAAGCACUAAAUAGGUCUACAGCAGCAAAUGUAUGUUUAGAUUCUGCUUUAGUGACAUGGAGUGGAACUGCUACUGGAACACAACCUACUGUCUUGGUUGGAGGAAUAGAUACUUCAACAAAAGCAACACCUGUUUCAGCUACCCAAUUGCGUACCUCUAAUGCUGGAAAUACUGUGGCUAUAUCAACUGUGAAAACAGGACAUCUGGCCUCGUCUGUGCUGAUUUCAAGUACUCAACCAACAGUAUCUCAUCCAAGUUUGUCUACUUUUCAGUUGCCAGUUACAGUUGCCUUGCCAGGACCUGUGAAUGGUGCCCCUAAAAUGAUACAUACAAUUCCGCAGUUACCAGCAGUGUCAAUUGCUGCACAUUGUACACCUCUUUCUAAAGGACAACAGUCUGCACUGGUCCACUUUCAGUCUCCAGGAUCUUCAGCUACUGUGCCAACAAAUGGAAGUGCUCAAAAACCUCAGACUGUAUUGCCCCCUAAUCUACCAAAUGCAGGUAAAGUAAUUAGUCUUUCAAAUUUAGUUCCCUUGCCUUGCUCACAACUUCCCUCUAAUUUUGUAAAGUCAGCUCCUGCUCUCAGUUGUGCCCCAGUUGCCUCUACCACUCAUACAGCUCCAGUUUCAUCUGCAGCAGCAGGACAUUUGAAUGAGUCUUGUGUGCAACAGAAGAUAAUAAUUAACACCUGUACACCUUUGGCACCUGGAACUCAAAUAAUGAUCAGUGGCACUAGGUUCAUUGUUCCACCUCAGGGCCUGGGAGCUGGCAGCCACGUUCUUCUCAUCUCUACAAAUCCAAAACUGGGGCCUCUGUUGACUAUUAGUAAUGGUCAUGGGUUUCAAGGAGUGCCCCAUGCCUCUCAUGGUCCCCAGAAGAUUACACAAGCAUCAGAUAAUACAGUGAGUUGGCAACCAUUGAAGCAACCCUUGAAAAGCUCUACCAAAAUUGUGAACUCUCUUGGGACUGCAAACACUAUGCCUAUUGUACAUGCAACACCACAAAUAGUAAACAGUGUGGCAAAACCAUGCACUCCACCUUCUGCAACAGCCCUGUCCCCUUCUUUGGUUACAAGCUCCCCACCCACUGCUAUGACUAAAACAUCUUUGGUUUCUACAACUCACACUGACAACUCCCAGGUACAAGAUAGAGCAUCUGUAUUGCAUUUGGACACAUCUAUUAAAAAACUGAUGGUCAGCCCAGAAGGAGCUAUUCUAAAUGCUAUAAAUACUCCAGCAUCAAAAACUUCCUCUCUCCCUUCAUCUUUCUCUCCUGACACAGUGUCCACAACCAGAAAUCCUGUUGUUGUCUUCCCUAACUUUCUUAAAUCCAGCAUUGGUGUACCUGAUACAGCUGCAUCUUGAAUUUAAAGUAAAUGAGCCAAGUUAAAAUGUUGGGGCAUUCUUUUGUGUAUGAAAAUAAUUUAUAAUUGUUAAUAGUUUCCUUAGCUGUUUGAAACAUACCAUACAUGGAAGCAAGUUGUAAGCCCUUUUCAAUUUGAGCAGCUGGCAGCUCUAAAAUACAAGAUUGUUUUGCAUACCACCAUGCACAGAUCUGAAUCAAUUCAGGAUUCUGCAUGUGGCAACUUUAUCAUAUGCCCAGCUUGUCCUUGCAUGCUCAAAUACAAAACUGACAUCAGCUGCCCAGGGUUUGUAGACCUAAGGCCCAACUUUUUUUUUUUAAUUGCUUCAUGCUAUAUUGCAACUGCUUUCAGUUUUUCUUUUGGUUUAAAAAAAGUGAGGAAACUCCUCUAGAUACUUUUCAGACUUGUGCUUUCAAAGGGUUGUUUAAUAGAGUGGUUAGAAAAGACCAUCUGUUAAGACAUGUUAAAAAAAUUGAGUGUUUUAUUCUUGACUAGCACACUGACAGGGAUAUCCCUCCUCACAGUUUAGACUUUUCCAAUCUUGUUCAUAAACAGUAUAGUACAGCUUAUUGCAAAAUUUCCUUUGCUUUGAUUUUUUUUUGUUUCUAAAAAAAUAAGCCUAUUUAUACAUUGUAAAAAUGCAGCCAAUGGUGUAAAAUUGUACAUAUUCCUGACUCCCUAAUAGUAUGUACUAAACCUACAUGUAAAAAGAACUGCUCUGUCUUAUUUAUGUUUUAUUUACAUAAUGUAUAGUUUUUUAAGUAUUUUAGUAAUUUUGGACAAGUGUACUGUUUAGCAAUAAUGCAGAAAAAUCUGCAUGUAAUAAAGUUGCUGUAUCUCUUCUUCGAUAAUGCUGUAUCAGUAACCCUGUAGACAAAGGAACACUUGACAGCACAAGGUUUAUUUGUUUAUUUGCAUUAAGAAAUUGAGAUGUUGGAGUUUGCAAAAAGACUGGACUUAAGCACAUUUAAUUUACACAUUCCAUUAAACUAGUAGGAUUUACUUCCAA